AUGGCAAAGUCUACAUUUUUUCUUCUUAUUUACGCAGCCAUCAUCGUCGUCGUCAGGGCUGAUGGCCUCUCCGAUUUCUCGAACAACUUAGCUUCGGAUCUUGGACCUCUUCUUUCGCUGUUUGGAGAUGCAGUCACUCGCCAGUAUCUUAGCGAGAGCACCACAUUCAUCGAUUAUUUUAUUUUCGCCAUGGCCCCUAUAGGCAUCAUUGGUACAAUCACGGCGGUUAUUCGAGUGUGUGGAAGCUCAUCGCUCCGAGCAUUUAUUGGCAGAGCGCAGGAAGGCCAAGGCACUACCGAAGCUGAGCUAUGUACUUCGACGAGUGUCGACGUCUGCGAGCUAUUUAAUAAAGGUGGCAUCACCAGAGUUCUUGGUCGGCCUGAUAUUAUUGAGCUCGUCUAUCUAGAAGAUAGCUCGAAUGAAUGCUGGCAUAGAAUGACGUCCUCGGGAAGUGGAAAUGCUGUUUUCAACAAGAUCGGCCACUCUAACUCUGGGAGUUCCAUGGACCUUGCUCCAAAACCGAACCUCUCUCUUAAUGUGGGAAUCAGAAGGCAACCUGAUUGGGUCUUUUAUGUUAUUGCCCUCGUUGGCUUUAUUCUCCAAGCCGGUAUCCUUGCUUUUGCUGGUACCGCGGUAUGGUUCCUCAAAUGGAACCUUCAAAAACCAAAUAGCGAAGCUUCUCGGAACUACGCGCCAGGCAUCUUUAUUGCUGGAACAAUUACUUUAUGUUUAGGUGUAUGGAGCUGCGCGGCACUCAUUGGGCAAACAACCAAUGAACAGUAUUAUCGACGGUCACCUGAGUCUUCUGAUGUGUUAUACUGGGUUCAGCCCGGGCCGCAAGUCAUUGGAGAUCAAUCUUUUGGCUCGUUUGCGUAUUCCGAUGCAAAGAGGAAGGAUCGACUCAUGAUGUGGACUUCAUCUACAAAAGACUUUGAUAAAAAUUUCGAAACUGUCACAUAUUUUGCCGUUUCGCUCGUGUUGUUUGGCUACAUCGCUCAAUUCAUCGGCUUACGAGGCCUAAACGCAUGGAUCUCAAUUACACAACUAGGAAUUACUAUAAUUAUGAGCAUUCUACGUGGGAUAUUACGAAUGAAGCGUUUAGACAAGAACAAUAAUCGCUUAGCUACGUGGCAAGAUCUAGCUACCGGCCAUGAACUUGACUGGCUAGCUUUUGAUAUUGCGGAACAGGAGCUCACAAAGAAAUUGAAGAACAAUACACAGGGUACAUCCGUUGAGAAGGAUCAAUCGCAGAUAUUUGAGAAGAAAUUCCUUUGGUAUAUUACAGGACAACAUGAGAAACCCAUUCGCUGGGACAAGGUUCCUGUGAAUGGCUCCGGAUCUGAGACAGUCGAAAUUAGCCCCGAGAACGGGGAGUCUAAUAAUGGCUGCAGGAGCCCCCUGCCCAAAUUCAACACGGCUGAGUGGCUUGUUGCUUACAAUGACGAGCUGAUUCAAAACCGCACUCAACUCUCAAAUCUGACUGGUCAUUUUGGCGAAUUCAGGGAUGCAAAAAGCUAUCUGUCCUGGAAAGAUGAAAGAGUAAGAGUCCGUGCUAAAGCCAAAAGUCUCAGCGCAGUAAUUUCUCGGGCUGCGGCAAUUCUAUUACGAAACCAAUCAAACCAAGAAGACUUUUAUUUGCGAAUUAAAGCUGCAUUUUCUUAUGAUAAAUCCAAUGGCGAAGAGACAAUCGUUUCUAUCAAGCUGAAACCACCAACAGGCCCCGAUCGUAUCAAUUGGGGUGUCGAUUCUUCUCGACUUGAAGCAAUUUUGGGACUCUGGCUCUGGUCCAUAACCCGACGAGAAUAUGACACAUAUAGCGAGAAGGAAACUGGCAGCGAUAUUUUGAACCUUCCAAAUAAGGUCAUUAACUCAGAAAUCUUCAGAGUUGUAUCUGCCUGCCAUGGAGAACAUGAAUGGGACAAUUCUUUCGACACUGAUAUGAGCCUCUGGUUGGGUUCUGGCGAUUUGAAGUAUGACAAACAGUCACUUGACAUGCGAUUAUACAACAGCUAUACAUAUAGCCUCGCCGAUCACUGGAUUCCGUCAGAUGAGAAGUCCGUAAUAAGUGGUCAAGAUACAAGCCAGACAACGAAAGAAGACAACGAAAGUAAAAGUUACAAAAGAGUUGGCGAGAGCUCAAAUGAUUCCACCGCGAGAUUUCAAAGGUUCUGUGGGUGGAAUUUAAUAUAUGAUGCAUUAAGUACUGCUACUUCUGAGAAAGAAAGCAAUAAUCCAUCUGAAAGAAAGAGAGUCAACGUCAAAGGUUUUUUGGUGAAGGAUACAGAGCACUCAUUACUUGAUAUAUGCGCCCAAGAGCUCUUUGUUGCGAUUCUGCAAUCCAUGAAGGCCCUAGAAUUUCGAAAACUAGACAAAAUAUCUGUCAGCGAGUCAGGUGGCAAUCUUCGCCUGGAGAAUCCAGUUAUCUCAGCUCUUGCGGAAUGCUUCAUAGACAAUGACUUGGGAACACAUUCUGACGCCAUUUCUUGCUUAAUCCCAUCACUGCGAUCUGAAAUUCCUCCUUAUCAAGAAAAGGUGCUAUCAGCAUUGACACCAGUGGCUUCAAAUUACCGACGGGAUGACGAGUGGAGCAGCGCAGAAGUUGUUCUAAGCUGGGCGUGUCAAUAUCAUCUUAAAUCAAAACCGGCAGAUAGAGAUGAAACCAGUGAUUUUAUGGUAGCGCUUCGAGAACUUGGUGAGCUCUAUCGCUGGUCGCUUGCGCAGAUGCAGCACAGCGUUAGGCAAGAAUUUGGCACAAGGGGAAUCGAACAGUUGGCAUCCAAGUUUGGCACUGCGAACCCAAUCGUGGCUCUCUAUAGCACAGUCGCCAAAAGAAUAACAAGCAAAAUAAUUAAGAGCCAAGGGUGGAUGGACGGGUUUCACCAUGCUGUUAGGGAUUGCAAGCGGGCAGAUGCUCUGUAUUUUCUAUGCUUUGCUGGAACUUCUAUUCCUUACAAGCUUAGCAAAUGUCUCCCGCUUGCUGCUCGGAAUGGGUGGGAAGAGAUUGUUUCUGCCCUUUUGGAAAUGAAGCUGGGCCCAAAUAUCAAAGAUGAUGACGGCAGAACUCCAUUGUCGCACUGCGCCGAGUCAGGUCUACGGCAAUCCCUGCAGCGAUUGAUGGAUAUGAACGCUGAACUUGACCUUGCCGAUAAGUAUAAAAUGACACCUCUGGCUUAUGCUGCCAUGAACGGGCACGAAGAUAUCGUGAGACUAUUGAUAGAGACUGGCCAAGUAGACCUGAAAAGGUCAGGCGAUUCUGCCGGAAGGUCCCCCCUGUGGCUUGCAACUGAUCAAGAUCACUUUGGCACCAUUGCGGAGCUCCUGGAUAAAGGAGCCGAUGUCAACAUAAAAAACUACAGAGGAGAUGGGCUGUUGGAUUUGGCCUUCAGACGGGGCCACUCGGGCGUGAUAAAGCUGCUCUUAGAGCGCGGCCUAAGAAUAAGGUGGGAAGAAGAUUAUAACAUGGAACACUUGGUGCAACAACUCCUGAGAAGGACCAAUCGAAUAACAGGGCCGGAGCUCUCUAAUAUUCGUGUACCUGCCUUAAUUUGGGCAGCCUGGAGAGGUCAUAUAGAUGCCAUACGGCUAUUUUUAGAGGACAGUUCAGCGUUGGUACCGGCAGGUGAUGAUAUGACGAGAGAGGCGAGGGAAGUACUGGAACGUGGUGCAACCUUACAGCCACUCCGAAAUCACAGCGAUGGAUUCUUCUCAACUUUGGACAUUCGCCCUUUUCCAUCAGUUAGUGGUGCGGACAUACGUCACAUCAAGUUUAGCCCUCCGUAUUCUGAAGCCCCUCGUCUAAUGAUUGGCAUCAGUGGGUUAUCACUAGAAAGACAUUCACCGCUUGAUAUGCACUGGAAGGCAAGCCCAGUUUCUGAGACGGGAUUCGUCCUCAUACGGAGAAGAUGUGAAAAUGAUUGGGAGCCUGUGGAUUCUGCCAAUGUUACUUGGAUUGAAUUUGGUGCAGAGGAACGGGAAUUUCAAGUUGGCAAUUUUCCCUCGUCUGAAGACUUCAAUGAUGAUGGUGGUGAUAAUUACCAUUUGAGAGAAGACAUAUCAUUUCAGACUGCAUUCAAGCACGCACCCAACAUUGUUACCUUAUAG